CAGAAGGAAAUUAAAUAUAUAUAAAGCACGCACACACAAUCUGUGGAGGAGAUUCAGACCCGCAGUUCAGACACAGUUGUGCAGAACUUCCCGCCACUGGAAUUGGGAUGUCUCUCAAGCUGCCACGGAAUUGGGAUCUCAACCUGAAGAUGGACAUGUCUAAAAUAGGUAGGGCUGUUUUUUCUUGACUUCAUUUCUAGAUGGUCCUCCCUCAUUUUGUCCUCUCAACGACCCGGCGAGGGAGGCCAGGCUGAGACAGAAUGUCUGGCCCAAGGUCACCCAAUGAGCUUCCUGGCUGAAUGGGGAUUUGAACCCAGAUUUCUCUGGCCCUUGUCCAACACUCUUGCUGCUCUUGUUUCCUUAAUCUCUUGCGUGUAUCAAGGACUGCUUGGGUUUCGUGAGAACUUGGAAGUGAAGCUCCCCCCCUUUAGCCAAAGGCAGACUUCCUCUGCUGUUUACAAACCUCUGCACAGCAUUUUCCCCAGGCCGUUUUGGGCCCAGGGGCCACAUCUACAAAAAGAUUUCCAGAUUAGCUUGCCUCCUUAUCUCAGACAUGUUGCUUGUCUUUUCUACGCAUCUUAUGAUCUGAUGCAGUGUCAGCGUUUCAGCUUUUAAUUCUCUUUUUAUAUAUAAAAAGGAGGAAGUUGGAUUUUUCACCCUUUUGAUUCUGCAAAUGAGCAGGCGGUGAUCACUUGAGGGGACGAAGUUUCUGUACUCUGAAGUUCUGUCCUUCUCUUUGAGCUCUUCCCCCCAAACUUUGCCACUCCAUGAUCGACUACAUCAUGUCAUUAUUCCUCAGUUUCACCUGUCUUUCUGGCCACCUCACAGCUUCUGAACAGAGGGAGCAAAUGUUUGUCCCCAGGGCCUCUGUGAAUAUAGGGACCCCGGGCAGAAGGAUUAACCACAGCAAUUCUGCAAGAGAAAAAUAUUUGCAUGUCUGUUGGUAUCACUUGAAUAAGCCCCUGAGGGAAGGGAGAAGAUCUUGGCAGCAGAAAGGUCCUAAAGGCCAUACUUUUCUCUCCUGCUGCUCCCUGGUCUCUCUCUCACAGGGGUGGGGCUCUAGGUCCUCAUAAUCGGGGUGUGAAAGCAGCCGCCCCAUCUCCCAUCUGUCCUCAGCACCUGACACUCUCAGAUCUGCUGCUUCUGUGAGUUGAAACGCAGGACCUGCUGCAACGGCCUGUAGCCAUGGCGGCAGCGGGCCAUAUUUGGGGCUGGUCUACCUGUGUCCUGUGCUCUUUCCAAGGUGGAAGAAGGUGCCAACUCCUCGGGGGCAAGGGAGCUUUGGUCCCCCCAAUAAAAUAUUUGAGGGGGCUGCCCACACAAGUUGAUGGGCAUUGCCAUUAAAAUGGUGUGUGUGCACCAUGUCAUGUGAUUGAUUAUGUGGGGUGGGGCUUUGUUGUUGUUGUUGUUGUUGUUUAGUCGUUUAGUCGUGUCUGACUCUUCGUGACCCCCUGGACCAGAGCACGCCAGGCACUUCUGUCUUCCAUUGCCUCCCGCAGUUUAGUCAAACUCAUGCUGGUAGCUUCGAGAACACUGUCCCACCAUCUCGUCCUCUGUCGUCCCCUUCUCCUUGUGCCCUCCAUCUUUCCCAACAUCAGGGUCUUUUCCAGGGAGUCUUCUCUUCUCAUGAGGUGGCCAAAGUAUUGGAGCCUCAGCUUCAGGAUCUGUCCUUCCAGUGGCCACUCAGGGCUGAUUUCCUUCAGAAUGGAUCGGUUUGAUCUUGCAGUCCAUGGGCCUCUCAAGAGUCUCCUCCAGCACCAGAAUUCAAAAGCAUCAAUUCUUUGGCGAUCAGCCUUCUUUAUGGUCCAGCUCUCACUUCCGGGGUGGGGCUUACCUGCCCCCAAUAUUUUAUUCAGGUUGGCACCCUGAGAGUGAGUCUUACCUUUCCUACCUCCUUUGCACAAACUCUUUUUGGGGGUGGGCACCCUGUGGAGCAAAACAUUCUUCUGCAUUUGUGCUGCCAAACCUUUUUCUGCCAUUCUGUAUAAGUUUCUAAAUGUGACCAAACCCUUUGUUACUUGAACUGUGUCCCCCAAAGCACAGGAGAUGUACGAGGGGUGAUGCUAUAGCAGCAGGGUGUGCAAAACGAGUAAGUCUGGCUCCUCCUCCUAACGCUGCAAUCAAUAAACCCACGUCAGCUGUGCUAAAUCCAGGGGCACUUUAUUCUGAGUAACGGCACCAACCAUCGUACCAUUUAGCACGUUCUCUCUGCUUCUCUUGACGUGGAGAAGGUCAUCACGAAAUAAACCGAGAAAAGGUUUCACAAAAUAACGGAUGUUUCCAGCACUAAGGUUUUUUUGCUGAGCGCCUUGAAAACACGAAGCACUGCUUCUUCCUGCUUGUGUUUUGAGAGCCUGUGACAGGAAGCACCCGGAAAUGCCCUGCAGCCGACAUUUCGUCUCUGAGCCGUUUUUUUCAGUGUGCAGAAAAUGCCACCAAGGCAUGGGCAUGUUACCUGCAGUUUCCUCUCAAACUGAAAUAUGAGGUGCACAUUUUGCAGCUCUGUAUGAACUUGCUCUUAUAUCUGUAAGUUCUCCGGCUUGUAUCUGUUGCAAGCCUAUUUGCAUUCGUUCCUCCAUUGUUUUCGCCGUCAGUUCUUUUGGAAUCAGCGGUAGGCUGCGGGGCAUCAAAGCAGUCCAGAAGGCAGCCCACAGGUUGAGAUUUCCUGCUGCACAAAGAACCACAGUAUUAGAAUGGCAAAACAAACUCUGCGAAUUUGUAGAAAUGGCAAAAUUGACAGCAAUUAUUAGAGGUCACUCAAAUCAGAGAAUAAUCAAAAAGUGGGAUGGAGUGAAGGAAUACAUGAAAAAAUAUUGUUUCAGAAUUGAAUUGAAAUAUUAAUAGAUAAUGUGUAAAACGUGCAGGGGUAAGCAAGAAAAUAACAAUAGAAAUAACUGAAUAAUUAUUAAAUUAUAACAACACAAUAAGAUAGAAGAAAUAAAAUAUUGAGAUCACACAUGGGUGAAGGGGAGUGGGGGGCAUGUAGGAUCUAUAAUAUUAUUUAUAAUAUAAAUUUCUUAACUGCGAUGUAUUUACAUAUAGCAAAGGGAAGCCUAGAGUAAUGAUGUAUAUUUUAAUUUAGGUAAUCUAUGUAAUAGACUUGAGCAACUUGUUCGGAGAGAUGGACUUUGAGCAGAACCAGGGUGCUAUCCUUAGACCAGCUAAGCAGCUGCUAGAGCAGGGGUGGGCAAGGUUUAUCAGCCAGGGGCCAGAUCACUCCCAUGGAGAUUGUCCGUGGGCCAGACUGGCACAGCACGAUGCUAGAAAUCACUUCUGCGCAUGCCCAGACACCGAAAAUUACGUCUGGGCAGAAGCAGUUUUCAGCGUCUGGACAUGCGCGGACACGAUUUCUGGUAUCUGCACAUGCGCAAAUGUGAUUUUUGGCGCCGCUUGGUGAGUACCCGCACCGCACUGUGCUGAUUUAGCGCAGCACCGGGGGGGGUACUUGCUGAGUGGGUGGCUCGGUUUGGAGGCAGUUUGUGGGACGGUAAAAUGGUCUUCGUGGGCCACAUCGGCCCAAGGGCCACACAUUGCCUACCCCUGUGCUAGAGUGCAGACUUCAGAGAGGCACAGUUACUGACAUUUGAGUGGCACAGUUUUAUACAGAUUAGUUUUUGUUAUAUCCUAUAAAUUUCGGAUACUUUGUUUUUAUUUUAUAUUUUGAAAGCUCUGACUUAUAAAAUAAUAAUAAUAAUAAUAAUAAUAAUAAUAAUAAUAAUAAUAAUUUAUUUAUAUCCCACCCUCCUCAGCUAAAGCCGGGCUCAGAGCAGCUAACAACAGUAAAAAUAGCACAGUUUACAUAAAAUCACAGUCGAUUAAUUGAAAUACAUUCUAAAAUCAAUUCAGAAUCAAAUUAAUGGCAUUGGGCUAGAGUUCUGUGAGGAUUACAGAAGGAGGGGGUCAGACUGUGCCUUGGCCAAAGGCCUGGUGGAACAGCUCUGUCUUGCCGGCCCUGCAGAAAGAUGUCAAGUCCCGCAGGGCCCUAGUCUCUUGUGACAGAGCGUUCCACCAGAUCGGGGCCACAGCCGAAAAAGCCCUGGCUCUGGUUGAGGCCAGCCUAACCUCCCUGUGGCCCGGGACCUCCAAGAUGUUUUUGUUUGAAGACCGUAAGGUCCUCCAUGGGACAUACCAGGAGAGGCAGUCCCAUAGGUACGAGGGUCCUAGGCCGUGAAGGGCUUUAAAAGUUAAAACCAGCACCUUAAAUCUGACCCUGUACUCCACCGGGAGCCAGUGCAGCUGGUAUAGCACUGGGUGAAUGUGAUCCUGUGGCAAGGACCCCGUAAGGAGUCUCACUGCCACAUUCUGCACCCGCUGGAGUUUCUGGGUCAGUCUCAAGGGCAGCCCCACGUAGAGCGAGUUACAAUAAUCCAGUCUGGAGGUGACUGUCGCGUGGAUCACAGUGGCUAGGUCAGGGUGAGAGAGGUAAGGAGCCAACUGCUUAGCUUGGCGGAGAUGGAAAAAUGCCGCCUUUGUUAUAGCUGAAAUCUGCGCUUCCGAAGAAAUUACUUGGCAUGCUGGAAGAUUGAAGAGAGAUAAAAGAAAGCCCAUCCAUAGCUCAGCUAUAGAACUUGCUCCCAUAGGACCAACCUAAAUGGCUUUAAAAGAAGGUUAGAUGAAUUCAUAGAGGGGAGGACUAUUGAUGGCUCUGCUCUGCCUCUACGGUCAGAGGCUUUUGAAUACCAGUUGCUCUGCAACUCACAGGAGGGGGAGAGUUGCACUUGUGCUUGAAUCCUGCUUUUGGGUUUGCAACAGGCCACUGUGAAAACAAGAUGCUUUUCUUACAUUCUUAAAAACAACAACAGCCCUUUUCGCUGCAAUAUUUUCCACCCCACCCCCUUGCAGACGUUUGUGCUUCUGGGAAAUAGUGUUUUCCCCAGCAGAGGAAACAGCUUCAAACCUCUGGGAGGUUUAGAUCAUAAAAUGGUUCUUCUCCGGAAGGUUUCUUUUCUUUAAAGGAAAAGACCCGAUUAUGGAUCUCUGGUGUCUCGCCUCGAUUGGGGCUUUGUGUGACAGAUCAACGAAGCUCCCGCUUCGCAAAAGCUGGGUGGCUUAUCCUGUCGCCAUUUGUUCUUCCUGCAGCUUUUUCAGCCAAAAGGCUGAUAAUGACAAAGGCAAUGAACUUCAAAUGCCAAGGAUCAGAGGAAGGAGACAAUACGUUAAUUCCACCUUACUUGAUAAGACAAAAAAUGAGCUUACAAAAGAAACACAGAGUGCAAAUGAGUCAAAGCAGGCCAAAGGUGCCUGCGUCUCACUUUCCCUCUCCUGCCUCCGUUAUCACAGUAGUUUGUGUGUGUGGUUGAGCAAUAACUCAACAAGCAUUUGGACUGUUUGGAAACUUCACUUGCAGCUCAGAUGCCAUUUCUGGACAUCGGAAGCUGCCCCAUAUGGAAUCUGAUCCAUGGUCCUUCCAGGCCAACUUCCCCCAACUGCAUACUCCCCAAAAAGCUUGGGACUACAACUCCCUUCAGAUCCAGCAUCCUAAAGUUGAGCUGGCUACGGCUGAUGGGAGUUGUAGUUCAAAUCAACAUCACCAUCAUUUCAUCAUCUAUAAUGAAAUUAUAAUUUAUGAUUUAUAAUGAAAUUUCCCCAGGCACUCUGGGCAGCUCCCAGCACAGAAAAAUGUUUUUUUUUUUUAAGAAAAGAAAAGAGUCAACAACAUCCCCAAGAACAUCAGUGAGCUUACAGGGAACCAGGCAGAGGGCCUUCUUGGUAGUGGCGCCCUCCCUUCAGAUGUGAAGGAAAUAAGCAGCUAUCUUAUCUUUAAAAGACAUCUGAAGGCAGCCCUGUUUAGGGAAGUUUUAAAUAUUUGAUGCUGUAUUGUUUUUAACACUCGAUUGGGAGCCACCCAGAGUGGCUGGGGAAACUCAGCCAGAUGGCGGGGUAUAAAUAAUAAAUUAUUAUUAUUAUUAUUAUUAUUAUUAUUAUUGCCUGAAGCAUCAGGCCAAUGGCCCAUCUAGUGCAGCAUCCGGUUCUCAUGGUGCGCAAUCAGAUGCCCCAACGGGGAAACCCGCAAGCAGAAUUUGAGCACAAUAGCCCUCUCCCCUCCUGUGGUUUCCAGCCAGGGGCGUAGCAAGGGGUGUGUGGUAGGUGUGGUCUGCCCUGGGUGUCCCCAUUGAGGGGGGUGACAAAAUGGCGGGUGGCACUCACCGUGGGGCCUGCCUGCAGCGUGCCAGAGCCAUGCGUCUCAGGCAUCCGCAAGCUCCAUGACGUCCGCCCGCUGCUUCCCCCCUCCCCCAGCUAUAGGGCGGCUGAGGCCCUGACCCCCGUGGCAUGCCUCAUCCCUAAGGGCACCAUGCCACGCCCCACGCCCUGUCCUGUCCCUAUGGGCACCGCGCACCCCAUCCCACCCCUCCCUAAGGGCGCCGUGCACCCUGUUCCUAUGGGUGCUGUGCACCCCGCCCCUAUGGGUGGUUCUCCCCACCCCUGGGCGCGCCACCCCAGGUGCCCAAGAGGCUUCCUCUGCCGCUGUUUCCGGCAACUGGUAUUCAGAAGCUUGGCUGCCUUGAACUGUGAAGGAAGAACGUGGCCUUUUCUGGUGAGAAAUGUUAGGUACUGAAGUUCUCACCCUGGGCCAGCAGGGGAUACUGUAGAUAGUUAUGCAAAUAAGGGAUCGAAAGUGAUGUUCAGUGAUUGGAUAGUUUUAGAAAAUUGUUACAGUUACGUUGUACUGGAGCUCCAUAUAAGCAGGCUGACUGAACCCUUCAGUUCAGUUCUGUUCUGGCCUGUGAAUAAACAAGAGCUGUUUGAAGAAUCGCUGUGUCGUCUGAUAUGUUCACCCACAACUUAACAAGAAAGGAGCUUUUGAAUUCUCUGCCUUGCUUGCUGGGCAAGGCCUGUUCAGCACUCGGACUUUAGAAGGCAAGGGGAUUCUCUUUUUCUCAUCCUUGCACCCGCCUCACCACGGGGGCAGCUCCAAGGGUUUAGGUAUACAGUGGUACCUCGGGUUAAGAACUUAAUUUGUUCUGGAGGUCCAUUCUUAACCCGAAACUGUUCUUAACCUGAGGUACCACUUUAGCUAAUGGGGUCUCCCGCUGCCGCGUGAUUUCUGUUCUCAUCCUGAAGUAAAGUUCUUAACCCGAGGUACUAUUUCUGGGUUAGCGGAGUCUGUAACCUGAAACGUCUGUAACCUGAAGCAUCUGUAACCCGAAGUACCACUGUACACACUUUCCAUGUAUACACAGAACCCUUGUUGGAACAGAACCCCUGUGUAAGAUGCGUUUGCACUGCGUUGAAUUCACAUCUCCUUUUACCCACAACCUGAUCCACAAGCCUCCAGCAGAGGGAGCACAUUAGCUAAUAAUGAUACUUAACCUUUACAGAGCUGGAGAGAGUUUUAUGCAUUACCUGCUGACAACAGCCCUGUAGAGCAGGUCAGGUCCCGUAUUGGAAGUACUGAACCUGAGCAAGAGCCCACUUGACAUGGGCAGUUGAGUCUGCCUAGUUUCUGGCUCACUUCUCAGCAGCUUCAGAGUCACACUCAAAUCAGUUUCAUUUCCACUUUGCACCUUAUUGCAUGGCUGCUGUGUUUCUGCUGAAGCAAAUAUCUGAAUGGCCUAAUUUAGCCCUUGACACUUUGGGGAGGAGCCUUAGCCUGACAGGGCUGUUGCUGUUGUUGACUUGGCUUCAACAGCAUCUCCUGCUAAGGGAUUUGGAGCAGCAAACUUGAGGAAUGAAGGGCCAGAUUUAGGUCUGAUGAGGCCCUCAGCUACUGAAAGUAAUGGGGCCCUUUAUAUGUCCAGCUGUCUUUUGUCCACAACAAAUUGUCACUGUUUUUUGUGUUGAAUAUAUGCUAUUUGACGUUUUCAUCCCCCAAAAGUUUUUGAUUUGAGUUUCUUCUGAAAUGAGGCUGCAUCUUAAUGUUGUAUUUUAAUCUUGUUUUUAAGUUGUAUUUUAAUCAAUUGUUUUUAUAGCUGGUGUUAGCUGCCCUGAGCCCAGUCUUGGUUGGGGAGGACAGGGUAUAAAUUAUUAUUAUUAUUAUUAUUAUUAUUAUUAUGUAAUUUAUGGACCUAAUAGGAAUCUAAAGCCAUUUUAUUUGUUUUUAUCUUAUAUUUUGGAAAUGUACAUCCAGGGUUUUUUCCUUUAAUUUUUAGGAGGCCCCCAAAAGAAUGGGGCCCUAGACUAUAGCUUUGGAAGGAGAUCCAGGCAACACAACAGAAAUAUAAAAAACUGCAUGGCAUGGCGAAAGUGGAUAGAGAAAGGUCCCCACCCCACCCCAUUUCCCAUAGGAGGCUGCCAUGGCCACCAGCCAAGAUGGCUUAAAAAAGUUGUUGGCAUCCGUCUGUCUCAAGAGACAAUGGAGUGCACCUCCGGGGGUGACGUUAAACUGCUUUGUUAGAUGCUACAACCAAGUGUUGGGGCCCUCCAGACAACUGGAUGGGUCUUCCCUCCACAAGCACCCAUAGCUGCUAGGAAGGAGAACAAUCGCAAGAGAGAGUGUGGGUGAGCUGAGCUGGAAGAAGGCUGGCCGCUAGAGACACAGGGACCUGCUAGUUCUGUGCUGAAUCCAAAGCUGCAACUAAUGGAGAAGAAAUAUCUGGGGUGUGAAUGCUUUGAGCCCCUCAGUCUUAUGCUCAGGUUGUGUCUUGUCAGCAUCAGAACCAGUGAAGGCAGUGAAAGUCCUGUGUGCGUGUCUGGAGGCGGUUGGAGGAUGGAUGGCGGCUAACGGAUUGAGGUUGAAUCCUGACAAGACAGAAGUACUGUUUUUGGGGGACAGGGGGCUGGCUAGUGUGGAGGACUCCCUGGUCCUGAAGGGGGUAACUGUGCCCCUGAAGGACCAGGUGCGCAGCCUGGGAGUCAUUUUGGAGUCACAGCUGUCCAUGGAGGCGCAGGUUAAUUCUGUGUCCAGGGCAGCUGUCUACCAGCUCCAUCUGGUAUGCAGGCUAAGACCCUACCUGCCCGCAGACUGUCUCGCCAGAGUGGUGCAUGCUCUAGUUAUCUCCCGCUUGGACUACUGCAAUGCGCUCUACGUGGGGCUACCUUUGAAGGUAACCCGGAAACUGCAAUUAAUCCAGAAGGCGGCAGCUAGAGUGGUAACUGGGAGUGGCUGCCGGGACCACAUAACACCAGUCCUGAGAGAUCUGCAUUGUCUCCCAGUACGUUUCCAAGCACAAUUCAAAGUGUUGGUGCUGACCUUUAAAGCCCUAAAAGGCCUCAGUCCAGUAUACCUGAAGGAGCGUCUCCACCCCCAUCGUUCUGCCCGGACACUGAGGUCCAGCGUUGAGGGCCUUCUGGCGGUUCUCUCAUUGCGAGAAGUGAGGUUACGGGGAACCAGGCAGAGGGCCUUCUCGGUAGUGGUGCCUGCCCUGUGGAACGCCCUCCCUUCAGAUGUGAAGGAAAUAAGCAGCUAUCUUAUCUUUAAAAGACAUCUGAAGGCAGCCCUGUUUAGCGAAGUUUUUAAUAUUUAAUGCUGUAUUGUUUUUAACACUCAGUUGGGAGCUGCCCAGAGUGGCUGGGAAACUCAGCCAGAUGGGUGGGGUAUAAAUAAAUUAUUAUUAUUAUUAUUAUUAUUAUUAUUAUUAGUCUGUCUCAAGAGACAAUGGAGUGCGUCUCCAGGGGUGAAACCAAACUGCUCUGUUAGCUGCACUGAAGUGACCUCCCUGGGGCACAAGCCAUCCUGGUCUGCCCAGAGGACAAGAUGCUCCUCUUGUCCUCACUGAUGUGGCCCAAAGGAAAGCAGAGCAAGACGUUUGGCACCAACAGGAGUUGCUGGAAGGAGGUGUACAAGGCACUAUCCAGUUGUCUUAGGGACUCCACUCCAGAUUUGUAUAGGGUUUACUCCUUGGCCUUUUCUUCUCCUGAAGAUAUCCUGCAAAGCAGUGGAGGUUUAGGACCAGAGUUUUCCUUUGCCUAACUGGCUUCCUUCCCAGGGGGAUGAGCCCCAUCUGCCCCUCACUUCCCUCCUACAGAAACCACCUUUCUAUGCCUAAUAAGAGCCAGUGUGGUGUAGUGGUUCAGAGCGGUAGACUCAUAAUCUGGUGAACCGGGUUUGCUUCCCCGCUCCUCCACAUGCAGCUGCUGGGUGACCUUGGGCCAGUCACACUUCUCUGAAGUCUCUCAGCCCCACUCACCUCACAGAGUGUUUGUUGUGGGGGAGGAAGGGAAAGGAGAAUGUUAGCCGCUUUGAGACUCCUUAGGGUAGUGAUAAAGCGGGAUAUCAAAUCCAAACUCCUCCUCCUCCUCCUCCUCCUCCUCCUCCUCCUCCUCCUCCUCCUCCUCUUCUUCUUCUUCUUCUUCUUCUUCUUCUUCUUCAUUAUUAAACCACCUUUCUGACCAUUGGACCCACUCUUAGUCUCAUCCGCUCAAUCUGUUGGAGCUGCCUGCACAUGCAGGGGGAAAUCCCAAACUCACUGAGGGUUUGAGGCCCACUGGCUACCCUCACCUGGUUUAGUGGGCCAGUGAGAGCUGUUUCCUGGGGUGUGGCCACUGUCCCACGCCGACAGCCUUUAGGAGUCACAGGUGAGAGCUGGGGGUCAAAAGUGUGCAAACUCCCCCAGAAGGAACAUUCCUCCUCUCACACCCCCAAAGAUAAAACAAUAAAAUUAUCAAUGAGAAGAAUGAACAACAAUAAUUUUAAACAUUCAAAAGUUAAAAUAACCGUAGACUAAAAACAGGUUAAAACUCCCAUCAACUUUCUGAACACCUGAUUAGGUUUAGAAUUAUGUAGUUGGAAGCAGCCAUCUUUUGCCCAGUGUGGCAUUCCUGGCACAGGACACAAAUGUCCUCUCCUGUUUUUUCUUGGUGGCUGCCAAGGAAGGCCCCCGCCAGGUCUCCCUCAUUCCUGAACAGCCGCAUUUAAUAAGAAAAUCUGAUGCCCUGGUUGGCAGCUUCUUUCGGUUGCUUGCCUGCAUUUGUGAAGACGAACGCCCACGCAGGAAAAAGGAAGUCCAUUUGAACAAAUAGCUGCGGUGGCUUCCUUUCUCAAAGCUACGGGCUGCCGCGAGCCCCGCCAUCCGCCAGCAAUAUCUCCUUGGGCUCACUCCUCUGCUCUUUGCUCCAUCGGUGCAAUGGUGGAUUUUCCUCCCUGACGGGUCUGAGCCACUUCUGGGCCAGAAACGCCCCCUGGCUUUGCUCUGGUGUGUGUGUGGGUGUGGGUGUGUGUGUUCUCCCUGCUCCAGCUCACUGCCUCUUGCUUCUCCCCCAGUCCGCUCCCAGAGCAUGAUGGCCGUCGACCCGAAGGGCUCGGGGAGCUGGCCCCAUCCUCCCAACCUUCUGGAGCGACCCCUGAAGGCCGGCUGGCUGAAGAAGCAGCGCUCCAUCGUCAAGAACUGGCAGCAGAGGUACUUUGUCCUGAAAGGGCAGCACCUGUAUUACUACAAGGAUGAAGAGGACCUCAAGCCCCAGGUACUGUUCAGGAAGAGGGUCCAGAGGGAUCGCCCUGGUGGUCUGGGCUCUCCAUGGGCCAGGGGGAAAGAGCUCAGUCUCAGGAAGAACUGGCCCAGGAUGUUCUGCCACCUGAGGCCCAACAGCCACCUGAGGUGACUGAAAAUGGCCAGGGGAACCCCUGGUGCUCUGAAGGUGGAGAAAAAAGGAAGCCGGAGAGGAGCAGGUGGUGGGGCAGUGGGCGACAAGCACAGGAGGUGGCGCCCUUGAGGCCCCCAGAUCUGCUGCCCCUACCUACUGUCCCGAGCCUGCCGCCUGAGGCAACUGCCUCACAGAGCCCCAUGAGUGGGCCGGCCCUAGUGGCAAGAGAGGCUGUGAAAGCAAAGUCAGUGAAGUUCUUGUGAGGUGAGCUUGAGGGGGGGGGAAGGGCUGAUUAUAUUGUCACACCUCAGAAGAGAGAGGCGAGAUGGAGCAGCCCCCGAAUUCUUCCCUGGCUCAGAUUGAAAUCCGAGCCGGAGAAGGUGAUUCUGGCUUGACUCCUGCAAGUUCUCUUCUGCCCCACCUGCAAGCUAGUGGAGCUGCUUUUCUCUGCUAGCUUGUAUGGGGAGGAAUCUUGCAGGGGCAAAAUCCAAAGGGUGGCGGGGGGCUCUUUUUUUGCCCCUGUAGUGCAGAUGUGGGAAGGGCAGGGGAGAUGGGCAAACCAUGGUUUGAUGUAGCCUUCUUUUGAAACCAACCACUGUUGAUUCGUGCUCUGGACAAUAUGACAAACUAAGAUUCAGGGAAAGUGGGCAAAGGGGUGGGGGGAGCUGGUGGUCCUUCUCCUGGCUGUGGGGAGGGGCUGGGGCAGGGCUUGUGGGGGCUCCUCCUUGCUUACGCAGCUCUCACUAUCCUGCAGCUCACAUAAAGUGUGAACCAGAUUCUGAACUUUAAACUUCUUUGGUAAUGUUAUCCGAUAUAAGGCCUUGUUGGUUUCCUCUACAUCUAGUGGCGUCCCACUGCUGAUGUUGGUAGUUGGCCACAAGCCAUAUCUAUCCUGUUGUUGCCUAUGGAAAACUGCAUUUUGAUACAUUUCCCCCCCCCAAACCAGCUUCAAUCUGAAUUGAGAAGAACGAUGACACAGCUGCAUUUUUAGCUGGCAAUGUGUACACAGCCUUGGUGGCAUUUUCAUGUUUUAAGCGCUGAACAAGUUGCCGGCGUCAUAAGCUAAAUAUAUACCCAGCUUCCUUCCCCAUUUCACAGAGCAGCUGGUAUUACACUGGUGGACUAUAUAUUCUCCUUUUUUCAUGAUGUAGAUUAAGAUUCACGAAACCAGAUUUUGUGACGCCGUCACCAGAAGGUUUGCUAGAAAACGUUUGUAGAAUGUUUGCAAAAUGAUAAGCUGCCCCCUUAAGUGGAUUCUACCACUGGGGAGGUCACUCCCACAAGCUUUAGUGGUAGGCAAAUGUUUAAUAGCAUGAGUAAAAUUCACCAAGGACAAGUCUUUUCAAAGGGCUCCUGAAUAGAACCUCCAUCUUCAAGAGAAGUCUAUCUCUGAUGCUGGGCACAGAGAGCGGUCACUGUCGCCUUUAUGCCUCUGCCGCUGCUUCUCAGGGGCAGUGGGCUAACCAUAAAAUGGGGGCCUAGAACAGGGGUUGGCAAGGUUUACCUCGCGCGGAGAUUGCUCCGUGGGUAGGUCAUGUCUGCGUCUGAGCAGAUGCGAUUUCCAGUGUCUGCAUCUGUGCAGACGUGAUUUUCAAUGCCACGGAAGCAAGUCACCACUCUGCGCUGCGCCAGUUUAGCGCAGCACACGGGGACUCGCUGAGCGGGCAGCUCGGUUCGUGGGCGGCUCAUGGGCCGUUUAAACGACCCCCUUGGGCCGCUUGUGGCCCAUGGGCUGCAGGUUGCCAAUCCCUGGCCUAGAAAGAUGCACUUUGCUCUGACUCACCAAGACAGUUCUUUUUUUCUUACUUUUCUGCACACUGCUGGGGGUGGGGAAAGGCCUUCCCUCCCACCCCAAACCAAAUUACCUCUAAAGACCCUCACUCAUUGGCAGUGAUCUUGUCAGCCCUUGCUCAAGAAACUCUUCACUGGGGUGCCGACUGACUUUUAAUAAACAAUGUGCCCCAAACAAAUCAUGACCCCCUAAAAUAGAGGAACAUGGGCCCAGAUCCUGUGCUUUGAGUAGCAGGUCAAAAUCUGCAGAGAUCAGUAGGUAGUCACCUAGAAUCACAGAAUUGUAGAGCUGGAAGGGUUCCCAAGAGUAAUCUGGCCCAACCCCUUGCCCUGCAGGAAGAAGCUUUCAUGGUGUAGUGGAGAUGAACUGCCAUCAAAGGCGCAGGAGCAGGGGCUGGUUAAACAGUUGGCAGUGUUGCAGGAAUUUAUGUAUAGGUUGGGGGGGUGGUUGCCCCUCCAGCAGAUAUCAUGCGCAUGCAGCCCCCUACCAAAAUCAGCACAACCGCUUUUUGUGACUUUUGUGAUUCAUCCCCACAAAACACUUCAUCACAGUUUCUUCCUAUCUAUUCAAAGGACCUCUGCUGCACAAUACCAAAUGUAAGAAUUCACUGAUAAAUGUAUCUAUACACUGGCUCACUGGGGAAACUUCAGAAAUUCAUAUAGACAUGUGAGCUCAGCUACUCAGCAGCCCCUCUGCCUGAGUGAUAAUUCCUGGCAUCCUGAUACCUGAGUGCCAGACAGGUAGCCAUUCCAGAAAUAACAAACCCAGAUGAAGACAAAAGGGUGUGAUUAACUUGGCUGGGAAACAGGGAAAUAUAAAUACAGUGGUACCUCUAGAUACGAACAGGAUCAAUUCCGGAGCCCUGUUCGCAUCUAGAGGUAAACGUAAGUAGCGAUGGCACGUCUGCGGACACGCGCUUCGCUUUUCGCCACUUCUGCGCAUGCGCGUGACGUCAUUUUGAGCGUCUGCGCAUGUGCAAGCGGCGAAACCCGGAAGUAACGCUCUCCAUUACUUCCGGGUUGCUGAGGAGCGCAACUCGAACACACUCAACUCGAAGCAUAUUUAACCCGAGGUAUGACUGUAUCUCUUUUGUUAUACUUGAUGGGUGUUUGGUGGAGGGCAAGGGUCCAGGAUGCUCAGAUUACUGCCACCAGACCUCCCCUUUCAUGAUGUAACCAUGAUGUAUUAGUGAUGUAGUUUGGGGGGCUGUAACAUGGGGAUUAGCAGCUAAUAAAAGUUUGGGGGCUCUUUUGUUCGGGGCUUCCAUCUUGUUCCACCUUGUGGCAGUUGGGAGUCCUGUCGCGACAGUCUUCAAUAAAGACCAAGCCUACUGGCUGCUGUUUUGCUCUGGUAUUCCUGGCUGGUGUCCUUGUUCUUUGUCCAAGGGAGCCCUCGGAUUUCUCUGUUAACAGCAGUCUCAUCUGCCUGAAUCUGCUCGGCUUCUCUGCCCCCACCAAUAUAGUUCCUCUCUUCUGAUUUCACUUCCCAUUUGCACAGGUCCGUCCUGGGUCUUGCUCCACCCACACGUCUGCUUCAACCUCCUCCUGCCUUUGACUUCUGCCACAGUGCUUCCUGUGGCAGGAAAAGACCCUGCAGCCCCACACACUUAAUCUGUCACACCCACGAGUUAUCUGGCAAUGAUGUGCAAUCUUCACAAUAAAAAUACUUUGCACCUUUUUAUUUUUAUUUUUAAGUGCAAUACAGUUGAGUAACCAUGAAAACACCCAAGGCAGCCCUUGCUACCAGUUCGGCUCAAAUCAUCUGCCUUUUCCUCGUGACUGCCCUGACUCAUGACGUUGUCGUCUGAGCUCUUCCUUCGGCAUGAAGAAAAGGCUGUGUCUCCCUUCAUUGGGGCAGGGUUGAAAUUCCACCUUGCCUGCCCCCCGCCACCCAGUUUCUCAAAAAUAUUUUCCCCUUGCAAAAAACAGGGGCUGAUUUUCUGUUCCUUUCUGGAUGAGGGAGUGGGGAGUAAUAGAAUCAUCGAAUCGUAGAUUUGGAAGGGACCCUAAAGGCCAUCUAGUCCAACCCUCUGCAGUGCUGGAAUCACAGCUGAAGAAUCAGUGACAGGCCUGGCCAUCCAAACUCUGUUUUAGAAACUUUCAGCAAAGAAGAGUCCACCACCUUCCUAGGGAGUCCAUACAACUGUCAAUAAUAAAAUAUUGCUUUUUUGUUUUCAAAGAUCUUUAUUGAAAUUAACAUAUAUGCAUAAUAACCAAAAUUCCCAAUGAUUCCCUCACAUAAAAUAUAAUAUCUAAAUUACAACAGUUGCAUAAUUAUACACUUAAUUAUAAAACUCAUCACCCACCCUCUACUUCCCUCCACAGCAAUUCAACUUCUGUAUAUUUCUUUCUAUCUUUUUUCCCUUGCAUUCUAUAAUGAAUUAUUUUUGUUAAAUUCUGAUUUUUCUUUCUUUAUUUGUUUUGUUAUUGCUUACAUUUUUUAUUCUAAGCCUAUUAACAUGUGAUUUUUAGAACAAUAUUUUGACAUAUAAUCUUCGAAAUACUUCCACUCCAUUCUUAACUUUUGAUUUGAUUGAUAUCUUAUAAUUGAAGUUGGAUUUGAAGAAGAAGAGUUUGGAUUUGAUAUCCCGCCUUUCACUCCCUUUAAGGAGUCUCAAAGCGGCUAACAUUCUCCUUUCCCUUCCUCCCCCACAACAAACACUCUGUGAGGUGAGUGGGGCUGAGAGACUUCAGAGAAGUAUGACUGGCCCAAGGUCACCCAGCAGCUGCAUGUGGAGGAGCAGGGAAUCGAACCCGGUUCCCCAGAUUACGAGACUACCGCUCUUAACCACUACACCACACUGGCUCUCUAAGUUAAUUUUGCCAAUUCUAUAUACUCACUUAAUUUACAAAUCAUAAAAUAUUGCUUUAUGUUUCACACUUGCUGCUGUUUCUGGUUUCAGGGAUCGAUACGCCUUCAUGGAAGUUCCAUCAGGGAGGUGGCAGCCACGGGCUCUGACGAAGUGGGGAGAUUUAUCUUUGAAAUUAUCCAAGGUGAGCAGCCCUCAAUGGCAUGGCAAUUUCAGUUUCAGGUAGGUAGCCAUGUUGGUCUGAUGCAGUAAGGUAAAGGGACCCCUGACCGUUAGGUCCGGUCAUGGCCGACUCUGGGGUUGCGGCACUCAUCUCGCUUUAUUGGCCGAGGGAGCCGGUGUACAGCUUCCGGGUCAUGUGGCCAGCAUGACUAAGCCGCUUCUGGCAAAUCAGAGCAGUGCACGGAAACGCUGUUUACCUUCCCGCCGGAGUGGUACCUAUUUAUCUACUUGCACUUUGACUUGCUUUCGAACCACUAGGUUGGCAGGAGCAGGGACCGAGCAACGGGAGCUCACCCCAUUGCGGGGAUUCAAACUGCUGACCUUCCGAUCGGCAAGUCCUAGGCUCUGUGGUUUAACCCACAGCGCCACCCGCGUCCCUCUGAUGCAGUAGAUAUAUAAUUGUCCAGUAGCGCCUUAGGGCCUCUAAGAUGCUACUGGACAAUUUUUUAAUUUUAUUUUUAUAUAUUUCUAUGGCAAUUUCAGUCCUCCUGUCUUUGCUCUUCUUCGCCCAUGCCACCCAGUUAAACCAGAUUACAGUCAUGGCUUCCCUCUAUGGCGCCCUUGGAACUUUCAUUCAGUUAAGAAUCUCCAAACCUCUCUUGCUUUCCUGAGCAGGAGGAAAGAAAGAAUGUCUUCAUGCAGCACAUCGUUAAACUAUGGAACUCACUCCUGCAGGAAGCAGUGAAGGGGACCAAACCUAUAGGUAGUUUCAAAGGAGGCUUAGACAGAUUUAUGGAGGGAGAAGCCCAUGGGAGGCAGUCAUGUUUCUGAACCCAGUUGCUGGAAACCACAGGAGGUCAGAGGUCUCUUGUGCUUGGAUCCUGCUUGCAAGUUUCCCACUGGGGCAUCUAGGUGGCCACUGUGAGAACAGGAUGCUGGACUAGAUGGGCCAAUGGCCUGAUCCAGCAGGCUCUCCUUAUGUUCUUAAGAGGAUUCAAAUUUGCUACGAUACGAUAUGAUACUAUAAUCUUUAUUUAUUUUUUUUAAAUGAUAUUUAUUGAAGUUACAAAAAAUAGAAGAAAUACAAAAUACAGAAAAAAGAGUAAAUUUUUAAAAAAUAUAUAAAAAAAGUAAAGGAUAAAAAAAAAACAACAUACAAAAUAAAACAGUUAAAAAGACAUUAAUUUUCCAAACCUAUCUUCUCUAGACUUAUUUCCCCGGACCUCCCCUUUUUUGUAUUCCAGUUCAGUUUGUUAGUUCAGCAAAUCCUUACCAUUAAACAUUUGCCCAAUUGUAAGCCUUUUUUCAUAUCUCUUAAAUCAUUACAGCUAAAAAGCUCUUAGUUUCUAUCCAACAUCCUUCUAAGAUUCCUUAAUUUUACAAUAUUUCUGUAAAUAGUCUUUAAAUUUCUUCCAGUCUUCUUUCACCGACUCUUCUCCCUGGUCUCGGAUUCUGCCAGUCAUUUCCGCCAGUUCCAUGUAGUCCAUCACCUUCAUCUGCCAUUCUUCCAGAGUGGGUAGAUCUUGUGUCUUCCAAUACUUUGCGAUGAGUAUUCUUGCUGCUGUUGUAGCAUACAUAAAAAAGGUUCUGUCCUUCUUUGGCACCAAUUGGCCGACAAUGCCCAGAAGAAAGGCCUCUGGUUUCUUCAGAAAGGUAUAUUUAAAUACCUUUUUAUUUCAUUAUAAAUCAUCUCCCAGAAAGCCUUAAUCCUUGGGCACGUCCACCAAAGGUGAAAGAAUGUACCUUCAAUUUCUUUACAUUUCCAACAUUUAUUGUCAGGCAAAUGAUAGAUUUUUGCAAGCUUGACUGGGGUCAUGUACCACCUGUAUAUCAUUUUCAUAAUAUUCUCUCUUAAGGCAUUGCAUGCCGUAAACUUCAUACCUGUGGUCCAUAACUGUUCCCAGUCAGCAAACAUAAUAUUAUGUCCAACAUCUUGUGCCCAUUUAAUCAUAGCAGAUUUCACCGUUUCAUCCUGAGUAUUCCAUUUCAACAGCAAGUUAUACAUUCUUGACAAAUUCUUAGUUUUGGGUUCUAACAAUUCUGUUUCUAAUUUUGAUUUUUCCACCUGGAAGCCAAUUUUCUUAUCCAAAUUAUAUGCCUCCAUUAUCUGAUAAUAAUGAAGCCAAUCUCUCACUUGGUUUUUUUAUUUCUCAAAACUCUGCAAUUUCAAUUUGUCUCCAUCUUGUUCCAAAAUUUCCCAAUACUAUAAUCUUUAUUGUCAUUGUCCCAUACAGAACAACGAAAUUGAAAAAUCGACAUAAGACAACAAGCCUGCUAUCCCAGCUAUCCCAACAUGGUUAGCCCCCUAAAAACUCUGAUACCCCAUUUUUAAAUACAAUAUACUCCCAUAGAGACUCCUUACACUGCGUUUUAAACCGAAAUCGCAGUUGGGUUGGGUAGAAACUGUUUCUCAGGCAGCUAGUCCUAGUCUUUAUAACCCUGUACCUUCUUCCAGAAGGCAGAAGCUGAAAGAGAUCAUUUCCGGGGUGCGCACUAUCCUGCGCUAUCUCUGCAGCUUUCUUAUGGCACCUGGCAGCAUAGAUUUGAUCCAAGGUGGGAAGAGUGCACCCAAUUAUUCUCUCCGCAGUCUUUGCAACCCUGGACAGCAUUGUUUUUCCCCCUAGCUGUGCAGCUCCCAAACCACACACACAGACCUUAAGUUAAUACACUCUCCACAGUACAAUGGUAAAAUGCCAUCAACAGGUCCUUUGAAAGAUUGUUUUUCUGGAGGAUUCUCAGAAAAUAUAACCUCUGCUGUGCUCUGACCCCGGCCCCAAUAACAAGGUUGGCGUGCCACUGGCUGAAGUCCACCCCAUCUGUUGCACAAAAGGAAGGGAGUUUCCCAGAAUAAUAAUAAUAAUAAUAAUAAUAAUAAUAAUAAUAAUAAUAAUAAUAAUAAUAAUAAAUUUUAUUUAUACCCUGCCCUCCCCAGCCAAGACCGGGCUCAGGGCGGCUAACAUCCAAUAAUAAAAACAAGUUGAUUAAAAUACAAUUUAAGAAACAAGAUUAAAAUACAACAUUAAAACAUUAAGAUGCAGCCUCUUCACAGGAGAAAGGAAAAAGAAAGAGGGGGAGGGAAUCAAACUGAUUCUAAGCCAAAGGCCAGGCGGAACAACUCUGUCUUACAGGCCCUGCAGAAAGAAAUCAGAUCCCGCAAGGCCCUGGUCUCAUGAGAUAGAGUGUUCCACCAGGCCGGAGCCAAUGUUGAGAAGGCCCUGCUUGCAGAAGAAUUCUUCUUGCAGAAAAAUCCUCUCUGCAAGCCUUUCCCUACUAGCACGCAAGGCAAAGAGAAUUUAAAACGAUGCAUCUUUGAUAGAUAGGAGCCCAUGCAGCGCAGUGGCUUCCACAGUGGGUGGUACCUCCCCCCUGGGGUGGGGGGAUUACAUAGGUGGGUGCUAAGAGGCAAGCAGGCAGCAGUGGGGCUGGUUUCAUUGCAUCAAGUUCAUCACUUUUGUUGAAUUAAUUCGUUUAAACGGGGUUUUGAAUAAAUGUGCAAUUAACUGUUACCAGUUUUAAUUUCGUUGUGUUGUUACCUUCCUUAGCGGGUUGUGCUUAAGCUGAAUCAUGCUUUUCACAGGGUAUUAUUAUUGCUAUUGUGAUUUAUUAAAUUUAUAUGCCGCUCUUCAUCAAGAGAUCCCAGGGUGGUUCACAGAAUAAGAUACAAGGUGAAACACAAGUGAAUAUUUAAACCAAAACAACAAAACAAUAACCCCGGCUUAGGGACGCAGGUGGCGCUGUGGGUCAAAUCACAGAGCCUAGGACUUGCCGAUCAGAAGGUCGGCGGUUCGAAUCCCCGCGACAGGGUGAGCUCCCGUUGCUCGGUCCCUGCUCCUGCCAACCUAGCAGUUCGAAAGCACGUCAAAGUGCAAGCAGAUAAAUAGGUACCGCUCCAGCGGGAAGGUAAGGCGUCGAGCUGCCUGGUUCACCAGGCUGCUGCAGCCGCAUGACCCGGAAGCUGUACGCCGGCUCCCUCGGCCAAUAAAGCGAGAUGAGCGCCGCAACCCCAGAGUCGGCUGCGACUGGACCUAAUGGUCAGGGGUCCCUUUACCUUUACCUUUAGCGCACACUGGGGAGGAGUUUUUUGGAACAAAGCAGGGAGUGGCCAGAACUGCUGUUUCCUCAUUUUUUAAAAAAGCUAGCUCUGAAUAAAUGUUGAUUUUAAGUGCCCUUUUUGGAUUCAGCCCUGGGGAAGCACUGCUCCUUUGAGUUGCUGCCAUAUUUUACAGGCAAAAGUCUGUUGGGGAAAGACAUUAGUAGGGAGAGAAAUUGAUCUGCAGCAGUUUCUCCACUUUCCAGGAUGAGUAACUUGCUUUUUUCCACCCCCACGCAGGCAUCUCGGGAGACCAGAAUCGAGCGGGACAAGACUCCUACGUGCUGAUGGCCAGUUCCCAGUCUGACAUGGAGGACUGGGUGAAAUCUCUCCGCCGCAUGGUGGGGUCUCCCUUAGGAGGUAAAGGGGGACGCAAAGCUCAACAUGCUGUUAGCCCAACCACAAUUUAAUGUACCGUAUUUUUCGCCCUAUAGGACGCACUUUUCCCCCUCCAAAAAUGAAGGGGAAAUGUGUGUGCGUCCAAUGGGGCGAAUGCAGGCUUUCGCUGAAGCCUGGAGAGCGAGAGGGGUCGGUGCGCACCAACCCCUCUCACUCUCCAGGCUUCAGGAAGCUCUCCGCAAGCCUUGCAAGCCCGGUGGGAGUUGCCGCUGCGCUCGCAAGGCUUGCGGGCAGCAGCCUGCAGCCCAAAGUACAGGGUGCCCUCCGGAGGGUGCCCCGUGCUUCGCGCAGGUGUCCGCAAGCCUUGCGAGCCCGGCGGGAGUUGCCGCUGGGCUCGCAAGGCUUGCGGAUAGCAGCCUGUUCUGGGGGCUGGGGGGGGGAUAUAUUUUUUUUAUUCAUUUCCCCCCCAAAAAACGAGGUGCGUCCUAUGGGCCGGUGCGCCCUAUAGGGCGAAAAAUACGGUACUUUCCAUCCAUUUCAGUAGGGCAAGAGACAUCCCCACCUUUUAGCUUUUCAUCUUCAUCACUGCGGGAAGUCACAGGAUAAAAUUUCCUUUGAUGGAGGUUUCUGAAACUCCGAGGAUGUGAGAAAGCUGUGGGGUUGCAGCAUUGUGAGAGCUGUGUUGUAGCCAGCCUCAGCAAUGCACGAGUUGUUGUUCUGCUAUUCAUUAACCUGCCCUUCACCCCAAGAUCCCUGAGUGGGUGGCAUCAUUAAAACAUAAUCUUCAAAACAAUUAAAAACAAUUUUCAAUCUUAAAAAUCAGAUGAGUCCUAAAAGCAUACACACAUGCUGAAGAGCCAGAUGUGAGCAAGGUGCUUUUUGGCGCUAAGGAUGUGGUUGGCGCUGUGGUCUAAACCACUGAGCCUCUUGGGCUUGCCAAUCGGAAGGUCGGCGGUUUGAAUCCUCGUGAUGGGGUGAGCUCCCGUUGCUCAGUCCCUGCUCCUGCCAACCUAGCAGUUCGAAAGCACACCAGUGCAAGUAGAUUAAUAGGUACUGCUGCGGUGGGAAGGUAAAUGGUGUUUCCGUGUGCUCUGGCUUCCGUCAUGGUGUCCUGUUGCGUCAGAAGCGGUUUAGUCCUGCUGGCCGCAUGACCUGGAAAGCUGUCUGUGGACAAACGCAGGCUCCCUCGGCCUGAAAGUGAGAUGAGCACCGCAACCCCAUAGUCGCCUUUGACUGGACUUAACCAUCCAGGGGUCCUUUACCUUUGGAUGCUGGAAAAUGAGUAUGGAAGAUCCGUAUUUAGCCCCUGAUUGCCAGUUGAAUGUUCCUGGGGUGGGUGAAUGAGUCAUGUAGGGGUUAGUGUCGGACUAAGAACUGGGAGACCAGCGUUCAAAUCCCCACUUGGCAAUGACACUCGCUGGGUGACCCUGGGGGCCAGUCACUGCCUCUCAGCCUAACCUACCUCACAGGGUUGUUGGGAUUACAGUGGUACCUCGGGUUACAUACGCUUCAGGUUACACACUCCGCUAACCCAGAAAUAGUGCUUAAGGUUAAGAACUUUGCUUCAGGAUAAGUACAGAAUUCGUGCUCCGGUGGCAGCUGGAGGCCCCAUUAGCUAAAGUGGUGCUUCAGGUUAAGAACAGUUUCAGGUUAAGAACAGACCUCCGGAACGAAUUAAAUACUUAACCCGAGGUACCACUGUACACGAAGAUGGAGACAACCUUGGAGAAAAGAAAGUGGGACACAAAUGCAGGAAAUAAAUAAAACAAAUAUGCAUAUUAUUUCUACUCCAUAUUUCCAACAAACUGCCUCUGUGGUGGUAUGCAAAAUAAAGCAUGCAUAAUUUUGUAAUUAGUUUGGCCUUGGCAACAAGAGACCACCUUAGUAGUGAAGACAAGGAGGCCUUGAUGUGACGAGGACCCAGAGACGCUUGCGCCUGUUACUGGCAGAUGGCUGGGCUUCCCAGGCCACCUCAUGAAGAGCCCAUUCAGAGCCAGUCUGUUAGCCCCUCGUCACUGUAGACCUUGACUCGGCUGCAGGCUUCAGAGCUCUGACUCUGACAUGGGCAGCGUCAUCACUGACACAGCCGUAUUCCUGUCGGAGAGACUUUGGGCUCCUGCAGAGCAUAUUGAUUUUUUCAAAGUGCUUUAGUCUUUGGCCUCGUAACAACUGGGGGAGGCAGGCUGCGGACGCCCUCCCUUUCGAAGGCUGUGCCGUAAUUUCAAGGCAGAAGGCGAGAUGUGAUCCCAGGCCCCAGACUGACUAGCGCUGAAUUGUGGCGCCGUUUUGGAGGGAAAUGACUGGCUCUUUCUUUUGCUGCAAAGAAGGGAGCCGUGAUGUGGAGAGGGCAGCUUCAGCCUGAGUGAAGGAAGUCAUAUGCAGGAGUAAUGGAAGGAAGCACCCGUUUACUAUGUACAAUGACAGGUUUAUGAUGGUUCUCAAAAAGCCAAAGAGCUCUUUGUCAGAUCCUUGCCCCUCUCGACCUUCCUGGGAAGAAGGAUGUGUGGAUGCUGGGCUGAUUUGGAAAGGGAAGAGACUCCAGGAUUUCCUUCAGAAUCUGGAAGCAAGGAUGAGAACAGGAGCCUGUCUAAAGGCAUAGAAGCAAGUUCUGAAGUCCUCUGCUGGUUGGAACUUGGACUUCUCUGCCAUCGUCUUCCUGCCUGGACUCCCGAUGAAGGGCUGGGAGUUGGGUCUUUGCUUUCCAGACCUGGAGAUGUUCUUUUGCUGGGAGUACAGGAAGAAGCAGCAGCAGCCCAUGGCCCACAGGAAAGGUAUUGCUGCCUCCUUAAAUGCCAGCCUCUUAGAAAUUCAUGCAGAGCACAAGCUGCCACAGAGUGGCUUCGUUUUGACUGGUGCAGCCGCAGUGCCCACAAAUGCGCCAGGAGCUCUCUGAAGAGGCGGAUUUAGGAGAGCGCAACCGGUUUGCCCGCCCUGGGCAUUGAGCUGAAAGGGUGUUGCAGGGGACACUGCAACAAUGACGAUCAAUGGAAGGCAGGGGGUGGGGGCCUGAAUGUUGGUGUUGCACAGAGCGCUGCUGAAAUUUUAAAGCCCAAAGUCCGCCACUGCUCUCUGUUUAUUAGACAGCAGGACUUGACUUGCCAAAUGCCAAGAGCCACUGAAAAGCUUUUGUCUCUAAAGUGGUGAAAUAAACUGGCAAGAAUGGCUGAGCUGUGAGUCAAGGAGGUCUCUCAUUCAAAUCUCACCUCUGCAAUACUCAGUAGGUGGUCUUAGAAAAGCUACUACUCUACCCCCUCUCAUCUACCACAGGGCUGUUGUAGUAGGUAGUAAGGCUUUUUUGUGUUAUUUCAUCAUUUGUACUCUCAUCUUUUUUAAAAUGCAAAAGUACUUUGUUGUUUCAUCAUUUGCACUUCUGUAUUUUGAAUUCCACAGAAUUUCAGUUAAGGAUCAUCUGCUUCAGACUUGCCCCAACCUGGUGCCUUAGUGGGUUGUGUAAACCACUGUUCUGAAUGAUGCUUUUUAUAGGGUAGGAUGGGGUUGGGGGGCACUGGGGUGAGUUUAUGGAAACAAGGGGGCAGUGGUCUGAAAAAGGUUGAGACCCACUGUUCCCAGGUUUGGAUUACAACUCCCAUCAAUCCAUCCCUGCUCCCGCCAGACCAGCAUUAGAUGACUGAUGGGAGUUGAAGUCUGUAAAAUCUGGGCAGGCUGAUCUAUAGGGAUGCAGAAACAGAGCUGAGGAUUAAGUGGGCUGGUUCCAGAAUAGGACCUUGUGAGAACCUAUCUUUCUUUUGUGUCUUCUUCUCUCUCCCCCCCACCAGUGGUUUUUGGCCAACAGCUGGUGGAGACCAUGGUAUAUGAGCAGAAAUUUGGGAAGCAUCAGGUCCCCAUCUUGGUUGAGAAAUGUGCCGAGUUCAUCAGGAAGCACGGCCUGAAUGAAGAGGGCAUCUUCCGACUUCCUGGCCAGGACAACUUGGUGAAAGAGUUGCGGGAUGCCUUUGACGCGGGAGAGAGGCCGUCCUUUGACCAGUAGGUGGCGUAUUUCUCAAGGGAAUCCAAGGCUGCCGGUUCUGGGAUGGGAUUGACCUUUAGAUUUCACAUCCCACAUUCUCCUCACACUUUAGGCCAGGGGUCAGCAACCUUUUCCAGCCGUGGGCCGGUCCACCGUCCCUCAGACCAUGUGGUGGGCCAGACUAUAUAUAUAUUUUUUGAGGGGGGGAAUAAACGAAUUCCUAUGCCCCACAAAUAACCCAGAGAUGCAUUUUAAAUAAAAGGACACAUUCUACUCAUGUAAAAACACACUGAUUCCUGGACCAUCUGCAGGCCGGAUUGAGAAGGUGAUUGGGCCUCAUCCUGCCCCUGGGCCUUAGUUUGCCUACCCAUGUUUUAGGCUCACAUGCAUGCCUUCAGAGAAAUGCUGGAAUAAAAGUAUUUUGAUAUGAUGUUCUAUUUGGGUGUUGAAUUAUGCCCUACUUUUGAAGUUCCUUAAAGCGAAACCUAGAAUUGCAUGGGUAUGACAUGUCCCUGUUUUUCCAGCACUGUUUGUGGGGUCUGCUCCUGCCAGUAGCAAGGUCUUUUGCAUGCCUCUCUAUCUCCUUUCCGUAUUUUGCAGAGACACAGAUGUGCACACGGUGGCUUCUCUGCUUAAACUCUACCUCAGGGAACUCCCUGAGCCUGCCAUACCUUGGACACAGUAUGAGGACUUCCUCUUGUGCGGCCAGCUUCUGACGGCCGAUCAGGCAAAGGUUUGGAAUAACGCACCUCUUGUCCGUAUUCUCAUGUUACUUUCCAGGAUGCAGUGAAUGUGCACACUUAUUCUAUGGGUUAUGUAAACAGCCUGAGCUGCCUUGGGACGCACCUCCAAGGGCAGUACAGUGGUACCUCGGAAGUCGAACGGAAUCUGUUUCAGAAGUCCGUUUGACUUCCUAAGAGUUCGGAAACCAAGGCGCAGCUUCCGAUUGGCUGCAGGAAGCUCCUACAGCCAAUCAGAAGCCGCGGAAGCCCCGUCAGAUGUUCGGGUUCCAAAGAACGUUCACAAACCGGAACACUCACUUCCAGGUUUGCGGCGAUCAGGAGCCAAAACGUUCGACUUGCAAGGCGUUUGGGAUCCAAGGUACGACUGUCUUCACUUUCUCUCCCUCCCACAGUCCCGUCCUCACAAAAAUUGCACCUCCAAAGCUGCUCUUUGCAUUUCACAGAAAGCUCCUAUUGAUGCCAAUGAAGCCUCCCAUUGAAAUGCAAAAAGCACUUUCUGAGAUUCUUGCCAGUGCCUUGGCAAGGAGAAAAAGAGUUACUCUUUUGACCAUGGCCCCCCUGAAGCUGCUCCGGCUUUCCCCUGCCCAGCUGCUAUUGGCAUAAGGAAAACCAUGUAUGUUGAUUGCGUUCAAAGACUUAGGGCUCACCCACACUUUUGCUUGCUCUGCUGCACCCAACCCCCAAACCCGCUGUUUACUGCUGAGUCUCGAGUUUUCUCUGGAUCAAUGUUUGCUCCAAUUUACUGCCAAAAAGCGGGUUUUCUGGGACAAAGCAGUAUGGCAAAACCACUUGAACCGAUGCUUUGUAGGGACAAGUGCAAGGAUAAGAGCUUUUGAUAUUGAAAAAGACUCCCUCAGAAGGUUUUUAAAAGGAGGUUUGGUGGUUGUCUGUUCGGGAUCCUUUAGCAGUGAUUCCUGCAUUGCAGGGGGCUGGACUAGAUGGGCCUUUGUGUCCCCUUCCAAGUUUACGAUUCUAUGAAAUGACAGUGUUAUUUUGUGCUAGGGAUAAAUGCUUGUGACAACUGAAAACCCAGCCUUAUCUUCUUCUAGGGUCAUCGGCAGCUAGUGAAGCAGCUCUCUCUUCUGCCUCGGGACAAUUACAACCUCCUCAGUUACAUCUGCCGGUAGGUGCCCAUUCACUGAUGUACAGUCAUACCUUGGGUUACAGAUGCUUCAGGUUGCGUGUUUUCGGGUUGCGCACCGCGCCAAACCCAGAAGUACUGGAAUAGGUUACUUCCGGGUUUUGGCGCAUGCGCAGAAGCGCCGAAUCGCGACUCGCACAUGCGCAGACACGGCACUGUGGGUUGCGAACGCUGCGGGUUGCGAACGUGCCUCCCGUACGGAUCACGUUCGCAACCCGAGUGUCCACUGUAUUUGCAUCUCGCCAUUUUAUACCAGGAGAUGUACAAGUUGCCACAUCCAAACCCUCUCGCUGGCAGGGCACUCAUUUGCAGACCACAGGGUGCUGUGAAUUUCAGUUCCAACUUUUGGCACCUCCACAUUGUUAGAGGUAGAAAUAUUAAUCUUCUGUUUGUCCAAGAAAGAAGUAAGCAGAAACAUUUGGUAAUUUUCAGAUUCUUCAGGACUGGGACAAGCCCUCUAAGUAGCAAGAAUGUGUAGAGCACUGGUUUUGUUUUAAUAUGUAUGUUUUGUUCUCGUUUUGUAUUUUUAUGUUGUGAACUAUCCUGUGAUCUUUGCAUGGAGGGCAGUAUACAAAUUUGAAUAAUAAUAAUAGGUUCCCAAAGUAUUGUUAUAUAUAUAUAUAUUAUUAAUAUAUAUAUAUAUAUAUAUAUAUAUAUAUAUAUAUAUAUAUAUAUAUAUAAAUAUAUAUAUAUAUAAAAUAUAUAUAAUAUAUAUUAUAUAUAUAUUAUUAAUAUAAUAUAUAUAUAUAUUAUUAUAGUAUUUAUAUAUAUAUAUAAAAAUAAAAUAGGUAUCGUUGGAUCAAGUUUAUAAGUUUUGUUGAAUUAAUUUUUAUAUGUAAAAAAGCAAUAUAAUACCUUUUUUUAAAAAAAAAAAAGUUGGCUCCGGGAGGCAUGCUUUUCUCCCCUCAAUACACAGAUGAAGCAUUUGCACAGGCUAAACUCAGAAAGUGUAGGUUUUUUUAAAUAAAGUAAAAUGCAGUCAAUUUGCAACUUAUGCACGCAUAAUUUCAGCUUUACGUGCUGCCAGCAAGCCAGCUGAAAUCGCACAAAUUAAACUCAUGCAAGGGGGAGAGUUUAAGAGCUCUAUUUUUUGCUUGAGGGGGACAAAACCUUUUUGACAUGCUGGGUCUGGGAGGUAAGAUUGCUUGCACAGUUGCGCUUCCAAGUGGUUGUUUUGAGUACCUACGUACAUACGUAAUUUUAUUUGUAUGCUGCUUUUAGAUAGUUGAAACCAUGUUCAAGGCGGCUUACAACAUGAAAAAAACCCAAAAUCACAACAUAACAAAAUUACAGGCAUAAACAACGAACAAAACUUCAAAAAACAAACAGCCAAAGUGAACAAUUUCCACAUGAAUCAUAGUAAGAUCUAAAACAAAGAUAUAAAAAUUCAUAUCAAUAACAGCAACCUCCCUAAACAAUACUCCAGCCCAAGAGUUGGUUCAGCUGCUUUUGUAGUUGGAGUCAGUCCGGACCCACCUUCCCAGGCCAAGGGGAAAAGGCCUGCAAGGCGCAGGGAGUAGGUCUUCCAGGACUCACAGCCAAGAUGGACUAUAUGCAAUUUUGACUUUACACGCAACUCACCCCACUGCCCUAGGCAUCACCCCCGUGCAAAUUGUGAGUUGACUGUAAUCAUAAUAAAAAACAAACCUAUGGACCUGUUAUUGCUGGACUCUCACUUUCCGAUUUUCUGGCCUCUGGAUUCUGGCAGGUUCCUACAUGAAGUCCAGCAGAGUUCCUCCACCAACAAGAUGAGUGUGGAGAAUCUGGCGACAGUGUUUGGAGUGAAUCUCAUCAGACCAAAGAUAGAAGACCCUGCCACCAUUAUGAGAGGUGCAAUGAGGUGGAAGGGUGGGGUGUAUGGAUGAAAUGAGAUGCCCCAUUUAUCCAAGAAGGUGCACCCCAUUUUGCAAAUGUUCAUAUAUCCGUAUUUUUUGCUCUAUAAGACGCACUUUUUCCCUCCUAAAAAGUAAGGGGAAAUGUGUGUGCGUCUUAUGGAGCGAAUGCAGGCUGCGCAGCUAUCCCAGAAGCCAGAACAGCUAGAGGGAUCACUGUGCAGCGCUCUAUCUCGCUGUUCUAGCUUCCGGUUUACCCCCUCAGUCCCUUCCCCCACCUCCUGGAAAAGCCCCCAAGAGCCGCGCUCCCUUUAAAUAGCUGCGCGGAGCUCCUCUUCGAGGGAAAAGCCUCCACACGGCUCGUGAAAGGGAGCGCUGAGCACAGCCUGGGAUGCAUACAAGCUCUGCUCAGAGCUCCCUUUAAAGAAUAUUUUUUUUCUUGCAUUCCCCCUCUAAAAACUAGGUGCGUCUUAUGGUCAGGUGCAUCUUAUAGAGCGAAAAAUACAGUAUGUUAGUGCAACCUACAUUUCUAUAUUAUUAAAUGAAGCUGAUAUUGUAUAGAUCAGUGGCUCCCAACUGGUGGUCCUUGGGCCCCAGGGGGUCUCCGUAACCUACCCAGGGGGUCCGUGGCACCAUCCCCCCUGCCCCAGGCUUCUACCUAGCAUGAUCCUUUGGUGUAUUCCGCCCCCCGCAGGCACUCCUCAGAUCCAGAAAGUGAUGUCAACCUUGAUCAGCGACCAUGAAAAGCUCUUCCCCGUAUCGAAAGACGUGGCUCCUGCUCCGCCUCUGCAGAAGAGUGACUCCAAUAAAUCUCCAGUUCCUCGCAGCUCCGUCGGCUGGGAUGCUGCCCAGAGGCCGCUCAUGGCCAGGGCGGGGAGCAGGACUCUCCUGCGGCAAAUCGUGAGCAGCCUUUAUUACUAUUAUUUAUUAAUUUGUACCCCAACUUUCUUUCCUCCUAGGAGCUCAAGGCUGCGUACAUAUUUCUCCUCCCCCCCCCCAUUUUAUCCUUGCAACCACCCUGCAAGGUAGACAAGGCUGAGAGUGAGUGAGUGGCCUGAGGUCACCCAGUGAGCUUCCUGUCCGAGUGGGGAUUUGAACCCUGGCCUCCCAGGUCUCAGUCCGACACUCUGACCACUGCACCACACUGCCUCUCCGUCUUUCUUUGUGGCCUGUGCGUCUUACCCAUGCGCCGCAGGGGGUGUGAUGCACAUUCAUUUAGUUGCUUGCAGAAUCGACGAAGUGGCUUCCAAAAUAACGAAAAAGCAACAUGAAAUCUAACACAAUGCAGUAGGGAUAUGAAAACAAAUAAAGGCAGGUAGAGCGAGAUGCAAACGCAAAAUGAGCCACAGCGACAAGACUUCACUAGUGGCAAAUAGAGCCGAAAUGGUUUCCAAGGCGUGAAUCUCAGAAGAGCCUGCUGGAUGAGGCCAGUGACCCAUCUGGUCCAGCAUCCUGUUCUCACAGGGGCGAACCAGAUGCAACCUAUGGGAAACAAGCAAGCUGUGGGAAGGUACAGGGUGGCAGGAGAGGAUAUAUUGUUUAUUAAUAUCCUUCCUAACUUGCACUAACAAGUUUCUUUACUGAGCAGAGUUUACAUUCCCCUUUUUACACACACAGCAGAGAGCUGGUUGCAAGCUUAUGUAAGCCUCUCACUAUUAUACAAUUCAGUCAGUCUCAUACCAGUGCAUUCCUGGUAAGUUCCCUUGAAUCCCUCUUAAAAGAAUAAAGAUCAUUUGGGUCGCCCUUUUCUGAACCUUUUCCAGCUCUAUAAUGUUCUUUUUGAAGUGAGGCGACCAGAACGGGAUGCAGUAUUCGGAGUGCGGUUGCACUGAUUUGCCUGAAAAAACAGCCCUGCCCUUCUGGUGUCUAGUUUGGCCUCGGCAUUUGCUUGAAGGUUUCUCUCUUCUCUUUCAGAAAGACAACCCUGACGGUUCCAUCUCCGAAUCGGCUGCCAGGUCAGCUGAGGUGGCAGAAGGUAACGGGGAGAUGCAGCCCAGCGAUGUUCUGGGGACGUGGACAGAAGAGCCCAGGAAAAGGACUCAGACACUACCCAGCAGGAAAUGCUUUUCCUUCCUUUCCUCCAACAGAGGGAACCAAAGCACGGAUGGAAAUGAGAUUUUCAACAGUGAAUUUUGGUCCUCAACUUCCCCAGCCGGCCUGCAGCCUGUUUCAUCUACAAGUGCCCACAAAAGGACACUCUCAGGGGGACUGUCCAAGUGGUUCAAUCUCCCACAGGCUUCCAACUCCCACACCCUCAGUGGUUCAGCGAUGGAAACGAGGAAGGAGGCCCACAAUGAGAAACCAUUGGACCAGAUUAGUGAAAUUUCAGGACAGGGUUCUCCAAUACAUGACAUUCCUCAUCCCGGGCAAAACGGGACAGUGGUUGCAAACCCCAGUCCUGAAAGCAGGGGCUGCCAUUCAGAGGACCCCGAGGUGCUUAGGAAGAUGAUUGUGGAGCUGAAGGAGGAGAUGGAGUCGCAGAAAAAGGACUAUGAAGAGCAAAUUAGGAGGUAAUGCAAAUAUCUCGGUUGAAUCAGUUUCUCUCUGAAGCUGAUAGUUUUAUUUUAUUAUUUAUUUGUUCCAUUCUCACUGCACCUUUUUCUCCAUGGAGCUCAAGGUACAUGGUUCUUCCCCCCCCCCCCAUUCCUCCUUUAAUCCCCAGAGCAAUAAUAUUCUUGGGGGGGUGUUGUUAUUGUUUGUUAUUAUAGUACAGUGGUGCCCCGCAAGACGAACGCCUCGCAAGACGGAAAACCCGCUAGACGAAAGGGUUUUCCGUUUUGGAGGCGCUUCGCAAACGAAUUUCCCUAUGGGCUUGCUUCGCAAGACGAAAGCCCAUAGGGAAAUCUCCGGGGACCUCUUUUAAAUGCUGGCGGUGGGGAGCAAAGCCUUCCCCUCCGGCCUUCAGAAGAGGUCCAGGAAGGCUGGCGGGGGCCGAAGGCUUUGCUCCCACCGCCAGCAUUUUAAAAGCAGUCCGGGAUAGCAGGGAAGCGCUUCCCGCUAUCCCGGACGGCUUUUGAAGGCAGGAGAGGUCCGCGAAGCCUGGGCGCGCUGAUCUCAGCGCGCGCAGGCUUCGGCAUGCCGGCAACUCUCCGCAAGCGGCAGCGCUGCCGCUGCUUGCGGAGAGGUCCGCGAAGCCUGGGCGCGCUGAUCUCAGCGCGCGCAGGCUUCGGCAUGCCGGCAACUCUCCGCAAGCAGCGGCAGCGCUGCCGCUGCUCGCGGAGAGGUCCGCGAAGCCUGGGCGCGCUGAUCUCAGCGCGCGCAGGCUUCGGCAUGCCGGCAACUCUCCGCAAGCAGCGGCAGUGCUGCCGCUGCUUGCGGAGAGGUCCGCGAAGCCUUGGCUGGACAGCUUUGAAGGCAGGUGGGGGGACAAGACUUUGCCCCCGCCAGCCUUCAGAAGAGGUCCAGGACCUCUUCUGAAGGCUGGCGGGGGCAAAAGUCUUUGUCCCCCUGCCUGCCUUCCCAGGGGCUUUAAAUUGCCCCGGACAGCGGAGAAGUCCUCCGCUGUCCCGGGGCAAUUUUAAAAUGCCGCCCGCCAGCAUUUUAAGAUCGCCCCGGACAGCGGAGAAGCCCUCCGCUGUCCCGGGGUUUUAAAAUGCUGGGGUGGGUGGGAAGAAAAGCCCUUGUCCCCCCAGCCUUCAGAAGAGGUCGGGGACAGACUGUCCCCGGACCUGGUCUGAAGUCGGUUUCCUAGGAACGCAUUAAUUGAUUUUCAAUGCAUUCCUAUGGGAAACCGUGCAUCGCAAGACGAAAAACUCGCAAGAAGAAAAAACUUGCGGAACGAAUUAAUUUCGUCUUGCGAGGCACCACUGUAUGUAUUUUUUUGUAUUUCAUCUAAUCCCAAUGCCCUGCAGUCAUCAAAAAGAAUGCAUAUUCUCUCCUCCCCACCCCAGAAAUUUCCCCAAAGAAUUAUGGAAAACAAGUGUCAUUUAUAUAUCAUUUCUUACUCCCAUCAAAUUGAUCUCUUAAUGGAUAAACCUGCAAAUACAGAAUGUGGCUGUUUGCCGGGUGCUUGAGCCAUCUUCAGCAUCCUUCCUGAACUUUGGGCUCUCCUGAUCUUUAGGGCUUCAACUUCCACCAGCCCCAGUGUCCAUCCAGCCAUCUUCCCAUCAGCUACAGCAUCCUAGGGUUGUGCUGGGUAGAGCAGAUGCAAGUAGCAGCCCAAAGCAACCAGAGAGAGCACCAUGUUGAGGAAGGCAGAACAGUAAUAAUACCACAGAAUGGCUGCGUCCAUCCACCAUGCCCAGCCCCCCGGUGCGCACAUCUGCCCCGGCUACCAGCAAACCACGCUACGCUGCUGACAAUAUGGCAUCUCCCAUUCCAUGUAUAGAAACUAAGUGGAUUGGCAGUUGAAAUUAGCUUCAGCGCUGGCAAUGGGAUAGUUGCCUCUGAGGGGAACAGGCCAGUAUAAGGGUGCAUGUUAUAAGCCUGCUUUGAUCUCCAACAGAAUGGCCAAGGGCUCAGGAGGAAGGGCUGGGGAGACGUGGGGAAAGCUAUCGCUGAAAUCCUCCCAUCCCCUGCCGCCUGAGGCAGUUGCCUCACUCUCCUAAUGGUAGGGCCAGUCCUGCCUGUUGACAUCACUUCCCCCUUUUUUUUUGCAGCCUCGAGAAGGAGAACUAUGAGGUCUGGGCCAAAGUGGUAAGGCUGAACAAAGAGAUCGAGGAAGAAAAGAAUAGGUUCACCGAGCUGGAAAGUAAGCUUCAGAGCGUCGAGCGUUCCCAGGCUGACGUUGAAAAGAAGAACAAACUUCUGGAGAACUCCAUAAAGUCCAUGAUCCAAUCUGCAACGAAAACUGACUAAGGGGAAGGGCAGCUCAUUCUGAACAGAAACUAGCCGUGCUCCUUGCAGGGCAGGGGGCGGUCAGAGGCUCUUUCGAGCACCGGGCCUGCCUUUCUUCCAAUGGCCUGAUGUGCUGGGUCACGGGUCAGGCCUGGUGGAGACUGGUGGGUCCUGGGCGGCUGAUAGAUGCUCCUAGGAGAUGCUGGAGAGCUGCAGGCUGCAACGUCCUUCCACGCCCAACUCUCUUUGCAAUAACAGCACAGCCGCCUCAGGCCAUUUUCCUUCCUUAACCCCAUUGAUUAAACAUCCCGUUCUUGUGGCCAAACUGCAAGAGCUGCCACCCCAGCAUUCUUUCACUUGCUGGCUUUUUGUGUGUGUUUUCAUUCCAUGUUAUAUUUAUUUUGCCAGGACAGAGUUCAGCCCUCCUUUUAACCCUGCUUGAUUGCAGGACCAGGCAUGGGGUUCCCAUAGCCCAACUCAUGCAAAUAAGAGACCAAUGAGGCUGGUUUUUUGGGGGGUUAAAACAGGCCACAACUUUAUUGAAUACAGAUGAAAGAGGUUUGGCUUAGGCAUGGGGCAAUCAAAAUACUUCCGGCCGCCCGCUGGAAGUGAUGCGUGGUCAAUCCAGACGGGGGUUCCUAAGACUUACAUCCAAUAGGGUGGCUGUGGCGAUCCCACAGGGUCCCCGGACGUUUAAUGGUCUAUUGAUCCCUGUGCCACCACUGUGCUCGCUUCCCCGCUGCCACCAACCAGUUACUCUCUGGUAAAACACUGAGUCCAGUCAGUUGUUAAAAGUGAACCAAAAAAACCCCAAGUUUAUUUUACAAACAUUAACAAGUUUAUGGUUUCUCAGAUAAUAUUCCUGUCAGUAUCUUAACUUUAGUUUCUUUACUGGCCUGUACCUUCUCCUGCC